AUGACACCAGCACCACACCUGCGUCAUGUCGCUAUCGAUACCAGGAAGACUCUUAUUGGUGGGCCCGCGAACGACGGCAAACAGUCUUACAACCAGACCACAUCCACAACGUUGGCAAGGCGAUCUGCCGAUUCUGCUGACCGUACGCUCCCGAGCAUCCCAUAUCCUCCCCCUCACUGUACCACCGAGCAUCUUCUGCCGCUGCCGCUGUUACCCUCAAAGCACAGCCGUUCUAAGGGCUCCAAAAUGACAGGCCGGCACAGUAUCAGCAUUACGACCGCUACCAGCCCUCACAGUGCCCGACAACAUCACAGGUUGGAAAACCCCGACUCGCUCAUCGCAGAUGCAUCUCAGCUCUGUGUGGCUAAACGGACCGAUUGCGUCCUGGUAGUCGACGAGGACGAGCAUCUACGCGGGAUCUUUACCGCCAAGGACCUGGCAUUCAGGGUGAUCGGAGAUGGAAUGGAUCCCCACACGACCCCCGUCUCGGCGAUCAUGACCCGCAACCCGAUGGUCACCAUCGACACCACCUCGGCCACCAAAGCACUCACAACAAUGGUCACCAGAGGAUUCAGGCACUUGCCGGUCUGUAACGAUGAAGGAGACGUGAUCGGACUGUUGGAUAUCACCAAAGUAUUCCACGAGUCGCUCGAGAAGCUCGAACGGGCCUGCUGCUCCUUGCAAAAGCUGUACAAUCCGAUUGAGGGGGUCCAGUCGGAGUUUGGCAACGGGACGCGCGGGGCGACGCCGGGGGCAGUGAACCCGCUGAUGGUGUACGUCGAGGCGCUCCGGAACAAGAUUUCCUUCCCCAAUCUGGGCUUGAUCCUUGAUGCCCGGACGAGCGCGGCAACGGUGGGCGUGAAGACAAGCGUCAAGGAGGCCGCCAUCCUCAUGCGCGAACACCACACCACCGCCGUCUGUGUGAUGGAGAACGACGGCAGGCGGAUCGCUGGGAUCUUCACCAGCAAGGAUAUCGUCCUCUGCGUCAUCGCCGCCGGGCUUGAUGCCCGCACCUGCAGCGUCGUCCGCGUCAUGACCUCACCCGAGACGGCCCUUCCAAGCCUGAGCAUCCUCUGCGCAAAAUGUGUCUCUCUCUCCGCCCUAUAA